AUGGAGGACACACAAAUGACCGAGGCCGACACGGCCCUCGAAACACCAGCCUCGGACGUCUUCAUCCCGCCCUCGAUCCAUGACGGCCCACUCCUGGCCGGCGACAGCUACUCACACUUCUCGCCCGUUCCUCCCGCCCUCGCCUCCCCGUCCUCAGAGCCCGGCGACGGCGUCCCCUGCUGCCUGGGCGUCGACGAGGCCGGCCGCGGGCCCGUGCUGGGCCCCAUGGUCUACGGCGUCUUCUACCUGCCGCUCGAGCUGUCCGACCCACUGCUCCGCGAGAAGCACCGCUUCGACGACUCCAAGGUGCUGACCCCGGCCGUGCGGUCCGCCCUCAUGGAGAAGCUCUGCACGCCCUCGCCCGAUGCCGACAGCGACGCCUCCGCCGACCAUGACGACGCGCUGCACUCCCGCUGCGGCUGGGCCACCACCGCCCUGUCCGCCCGCGACAUCUCGGCCAACAUGCUGCGGCCCUCGGCCGCCUACAACCUCAACGCCCAGGCCAUGGACGCCACCGUGGCCCUGAUCCAGGGCGUGCUGGCACGCGGCGUCAACGUCAAGGAGAUAUACGUCGACACCAUCGGCCAGCCCGCCGCCUACCAGAAGAAGCUCGAGCGCGUGUUCCCCUCUGUCAGCAUCACCGUCGCCAAGAAGGCCGACUCCCUGUACCCCUGCGUUUCCGCCGCCAGCGUCUGCGCCAAGGUGACGAGGGACGCCGCCCUGGAGGUCCUGUACCGGCGCCACGCCGCCGCUGCGGAUGGCGGGCAGGACGGGGCUGCGGGCAUGGCUUGGGGCUCUGGCUACCCCUCUGAUGGGAAGUGCGUCACCUGGAUGAAGUCCAACAUGCAUCCUGUGUUCGGGUGGGGUCCCGAGUGCAGGUUCAGCUGGGGCACGGCCAAGGACAUGAUCGAGGCCAAGGGGAACGGUGUCAAGGUUGAGUGGCCCGUCGAGGAUGACGGCGAGACGGCCAGGUUAACCGACUUUUUCGUGGCGAGCGACGGCCGGGACAAGGACGCCGAUGAGCUAGGUGCAUGGUUCGGGACACCUGCGGGGCUGGAAGCAUUUUAG